UUCCCAGGGCAAAUUUCUAUCCACAUAUAAAUAAUGUACGGAUGAGCGAAAACUUGCGUCAUCAUACGAGGUUGGACAUUUGAUGAGGACGAAGCUGACUCGUUUGUACCUGCAUUUAUAAGGUGAUGGUGUGUCUCCCGUUUCCAUAGUUUGUGGGAUUGUAUGGAGCCAGCAAUUGACAAGUGAGGAGUGCAGUUUGGUUUAUAUGCAAGAUAGAGUGUCCCAACCACACACGCUGUCACCAUGGAUAUGAUGGGCAAGGCCUUGGUCAAGAACCAAGUAUCCAGCAUCACUAAGACUAUCGGUCUGUCCGGGGAGGAGAAGAAAGAGGAUGAGCCGUACGACUACAAACGAGAACAGGAUGAGGAGGACAGAGCUGCCAGGGAGAAAGCCAAGCGGGAUGAAGCCCAGCUGAAGAAGAAAGCGGAGAGGGCAGUGGAACGCAACAAGAUGCGGGAGAAGUAUGGCCUGAAGGAAUCCAAGACAGACCAGAAGCUGCUGGACAGCAGAGACCAGCUGGGGAAAAGCUCGUCAUCGUCGUCUGCCAAGGACACGGGCAAAGGCAAAGGAAAAGACGAAAACAGCUGCGUGGUCAUGUGAUCAUCGGAUUGGGAUCAGUGUUACCAUGGUGACGAACCGUACAAUUUUGAGACGGUUUGAAAGAUUUGAGGAUUGUCAACUCACGCAAUUUAUUAGACAGCACAUCACCUCAGACGUAGGCUGCGACACACAAGGCAUCUAACUCACAGUUGGCAUAGUGCCAAUUCUACAGUGUGGCAUUAGUUUACUUGCUAAAGAUCACCGAUUUAGAGAGAAAUUACAGCAUGUGUGCAGAUUUGUGUGCGCCGCUAUUUGCUCAAUGGCAAAACUGUGAUAGAGCAACCAGUAUUCAGAUAUUGAAAGAUUAUUGGAGGAAAUUGCCACGUGCACAGUUAGUAUGUGAAGAUUGAAGACAUGGCGAACAGAAUGCGUGAACCUGCAGUGUGUCCUUUGCAUGCGUUUAUGUAGAGCGCCCUCUUGUGUUCACGGACGGAGUCAUACAGCGAAGGACAGGGAUGUGGCUAAGACUUGGUCAAGUGGCAUAUUCUCAGUAAUUUAGUGAAUACUUUUUGCCUUUAUGCUGACAUAAGUCAGUGUUUCAGGGAACGCAAGGCAGCCAUAAGUUUUACAGUCUCACCAAUCUAUGAAAUAGGAAGUCAAAUUGCAGAAAUGGUUGAAUGGUUGCAUUAUGGACUCAGUGCACAGGUAUGAAGUACCCCCUCAACGGUAACAAAGAGAGAAUUUGGACAGACCACUGGAAUGGAUGUUGGAACGCAUUUAUUUGUGAUCACAUAAAAUGGAAUCAGUUGCGCGAGAACCAUUCCGUGAACGUGGUGUGCCCUCGUGCUGGAGUUUGAAAUUGAAAGGGUUUGGAAAAAUCACCGUCUACUGUUCGUGAACAGAGUCCAUACUGAUGAGUGGUUUAAUCAGUCUCAUUCGUUUCAGGGUCUACGCACUCAAUUGUUAUCGUCUGACAUUCAAUGAAUGGCACAUCUUUGCAUAAAAUUCAUCUCGACUUUGUUCAUCCCUUUGACGUCUUGGUGGUGUCUUUUUCUGUACCAAAACAAAAACUGUUUCGACUAUGCAAUAUAGAUUUAGUUGUGCAGGGGUCGGGAUGGUAUUGGUGUUGAAAAAGCCCACAAUGAACAAAAACUUAAAAACGACUGAACUUUUCUCUCAAUUUUGCUUAUUGGGAACACUGACAAUGUGACAAACACUCAUGCAUAUCCCAUGGGAAAGUAUCUCACUCAUUCCUUGCAAAAUUUUUAAAGUCAUGAUGUAAACUUCAUCAGAAGUAAGCAUAUCUCAAAGGGCCUCUGUGAAAGUGUAACAGAGAAACCAAAUUGUAAUGUGUGAAAAGGACUAACAGUAGAUGUUCGUGCAAGUAGAUUUUAUAUUUUGGAAUGAUGCUUCAGGUAGGUGCUUUUGAUAGGAAGUCUUCCGCGAUUAGUUGUGCCUUACAAAACCUUUUGUCAUAUGAAAACCUCAGAUUUUUUUUCUUGAUUGUUACGCAAACCUUUAUAAAAGAAAUUAAUGCAAAUGUGCCAAUUUUAAUUUUGAGGAGUUUCUGAACAAAAAAUAUAGUUUUCCAAUUGGAGGUAGAAUCUUUUGUUUUGUAAAUUAUAUAUUAAAGAAUAAUUUGAAAUAGUUGAAGAUGCCUUCAAAUAUGAAAAAUGUGAAGGUGCCUGGAACUGUUUGCUGUGGAAUCUAGUCUUCCAUAUUUCCAGAGCUGGAAAAAAAAUUAUUUGGAUGUACAUUUAUUUGGAUUGAAUUUAACGUCAGGCUCGUUAAUUUCAACAAAUGAUAACAUUGGCGAUAAACACAAUAACACUGUAAAUAUAUUACGCAUUUAAACUCACUUCUUCAGUUCAAUCUACCGGUAUUAGCUUUUUCUAAGGUUUCAUUGGAAUGAUCUGCAACCUUUAGUGUUUUUUUAUUUAUUUAUUAGGUUUGAUAAGAAGAAAACAAUGUUUAGUUACGACAUUUUUUUGCCUCAUGCUGUAUGUUUUCCCAAUGUAAUUUUUUUUUUAUACAAAAAAAGCAGAGAAACACGAGUUCAGAGAAACAGAUAGUUAUUGUAAAAUCACUGAAGUGCAUUUUAGAAAUGGUUUGUAUACAUGUAGACGUCACCGGUGUGUUUCUGUACAUUUAUAUUAGGAAACUGCAAAAUGGAAAUUUAUUGCAGAAAUGAAAAAUUAACGAGAUCUCAAUUAGUAUGCACAACCAAUUGGUGAGUCAGCAACAUGAUAAUCUGAAAUUGAUGAAGGCUUGUGCAGAUUUAUUGGUAUAAAAUUUAAAGACUGAACGAUGUUGAUGAAAUGGAUGUACGUACAUGUACAUGUAGGAUAUUAUGUUGGACCACAUCUGAAUUACAUGGCUACGGCUAGCAAUGACACAUGCACCUAUGGAAGCGGCUACAGUCACUUCCCAUACUUUGCAUAGACUUGUGCGCAACUGCUAGCCACAGCCAAGUCAUUCAAACUCGGAAUUGCUAUCACUGAUGAGUUUUAACUUAGCCCUUGGCGAGCUGGCUUGGUAUCGGGCUGUUUAGAAACUGCAAACUAUCAGCUGGACUCGCUACUUUUUUCUCAUAAAUGUUAAAAAGCCAUUAUUUCCCCUAAAGCUCAGAUGUGUAUCAGAUUGCAUCCGAUUUACUUGAUUACAGCUGUAAGACGUGUCUCUGUGAGGAGUGGAUUCAGUAAAUGCUGGCCAUACAUGUACAUGUAGCUUAGUAACUUUGACACAGCCUUACUCUCCUGUAUUGAAAAUCUGUGUUCUAUGUCAAGUUGCAAAACAAGGGUGAUACUGGGGAAUUGGCGAACUGAUUUUCAUGCUCAUUGUUUAACCCUUUAAUUUGGAUUUUAUUUAUUGUGAUUUAUUUAGCAAGAACUUCACAUUGCAACCAAAGGCACAAUUUUGUUUCAGGGCGUACUGAAAAUUAUGAAUAUCAAUUACAAUUUUGAGUGGAAUUCAUGUUAACUGUGGCUUGCUUCACAUUGCAUUUUAUAGUUUUUUGCCACAUUUCAUUUUCCUGAAAUUACGGCUUACAACAGAAAAACAAGAGCCACAGUUUUUUUUCCUUCCCAAUAAAUAAAGUAUGUGCCUUAUCAAUGACAGAAACAACUGCCUUUGGGAAGAUUUUUUUUUAAAUUUUUAAUGUAUGCAUUUUGAUAAUGUUGCACCCUCAGUAUCAAGAAGUACAACCAUGACCAGACGUGUGAUAUAUGCAUAUUCAUAUAUUUCCAAAAUAUUUUUUUGACAGCAAAAAAAACGACCUUAGGGUUAAAUGUAUUAAACAAAUAUUUGGUUUAUUCAAGAAAUGUGGAGAACAUGAUGUCAUGUACCAUGUGUUUGUAACUUGUAUCUGUUCAAUGCUGAAGCAGACAUAUGAGCCAAGUUAUGUAGAUUAUGCAAAAAAACUUGUCUAUUAAUGCAUGAUUUAUUACUAGUUACAAUUGGUUGGAUAUGCUAAAUAGUCCAAACAUUUAGCGCUGUCAUUGUCUUUUCCAAGAAGUGACACAAAGUUGUUUUAACCGUCUGACGUAGAUACUUCAGUUACUAGUCUGCAAGUAAAAUUUUGGAGAGAAAAAAAUCAGGAUAAGUUGUACCUUUUAAAGAGUUUUUCUGGUAAAUUUUACCAACAUGACAUAUAGUGUUGGUUUGACCAAAAUCGUAGAUUUAUUUUACACAUUUUUUUUUUUAACUUGUCAAAUAUGAAUUGCUGCUACUUUAUGGUUUUUCGAAAAAAAUUGGUGAACGAUAACUCCUUUUAUACAAUCUAUUCUUGCACUAAAUAUUUGUUGAGCCUCAUUUUUGCUGAUGGUCUAUGCAUUUCUGUAAAGAUAAAGUAUAAUUUUAUAAAAAGAGAUGGAAAUUUUCUAUAAAUAUUAAGCAUUACAUUGAAUAAAAUAUGAUUAUAAAA